GAUGGCGAUGGCUGCUGUUCCUGUCUAGUCCAUGGCUAGUCCCGGCGAAAUAUAAACUUGAAUAUUAUAUUUUCAAGUAUCUCUCAAUUCAUUUAAGAAUUCUAAAAUAGGGCAAGUUUUACAAUGUUAACUUAAUAAUAAAUUUUCUCUUCCCGCACUUGUGUCGUGAGUGUAAAAAUAUAGGUUGAUUCCAAGUAGUUAUUUGGAAUCAAUGUUAGUUUGCAAAACAAAGUAAAGUCACAUUAGCAUGAUGGGUGACAUUAAAAUAGAGUGCGAAGGGAUUCAAAUCUGUCGUGGCUGUCUCAGCUCGGACAGGAAGCUAGCUGCUGUAGCUCCUGGUGACCUGUACUUUUCUCUACUGACGGAAGACCAAAAACUGGAAGCAUUAACCAUACCGCAGAUAGCUCUGUGUUGGGAGUGUGUGGCUCUGCUAAACAAGACCCGCAGGUUUCAGGCCCAAGUUCAAAAGGCACACACAAUUUUGCAUGAAUCUUUACAAAUUCCACCAUCAAAACCUACUUUUUCUUCACUUAUGGUCCAUUACAAAUUUGAAUAUGAUGCUGUUUUUGAUGGCAAACCAUCUGAAGAACCAUUAGUUGUCGAUAAACAAAAACCAACCAUAAAGGAUGAUAAAAUGAAAGUUAUCGUACCGACAAAGUACAAAACUACAGUUACAACAAGCAAUGUAGAAAAUGUAAAAAGUUUUAAAGAUGUUAUAAAUGAUCUUUUAAAAAAUGUGAAAAUUGAUAAAGAUGCUAAUACUGAACGUCCCACUAAUGACAGUGAUGAUGGUGAAGAGAAUGAGAAUUUUGAAGCUGAUGAUGUAAGUUAUAGUUCAUCUGACGAUAUGUCAGAUACCAAAGAUGAUACUUUAAAAAGUGUUCCAAAAGCUGCUAAGAAUAGUUUAUCAAUAGUUAAACAAAAUGAUGGAACAAUUACAAAAAAAGUCACUAAUCAAAACGUAAACACAAAUAAAAUAGAAGUUCCAUUGAUUAAAACUCCUGCAAUGUUGAAACUGGAAAUGGAGUUAAAAAAGCACAUAAGUGAUCAAAAGGUUACUCUAAAAGAGGUAACAAUUAAAAAGAAACGUUACGAAAAAAAAGUAACUGAUGAUAAAAAUAUCUAUAAAUCAGAUCAUAAUGAAGACGAACCAAACACAAAAAAGCAAAAGAUUUUAGAGUUAGACCCAGAUUUUAAUUUAGAGGACGAUAAAGAUUAUGCUACAGAUGAUAGUGAAGAAUUCAAAAUAAUGGGCAUAAAGAAAACAAAGGAACAAUCUGAUACAGAUCCUAAUGUCAGCGUAGAAGAUGACAAAACAGAGAAACAUCGUAAGUUCAGGAAAACAAUUACACAUUAUAAAAAUAUUGCUGAAGCUUCCUCAUAUUUUACAGAAAUCAAAUUGAGUGAGCAAGAAAUAAGGAGCGCUUUAGAUAAAGAUGAUGCAAUCGUUAAAGCAAAAAAACCUCAUAAAUGUAUCAUAUGUGGACUGAUGUUUGGAAAUAGGAGAGCUAUGACACGACACGGGUUGGCGUAUCAUAAAAGCAAAUAUCCUGGCCAAUACAAAAAAGGAAGUUGGUGGAAUCCACCAGCGGUUUAUCCUGAGUCCCUCUGGCGAUGCUACGUUUGUGCUAGAAUGAUGCGAAGGGAACACAUAGUCGCUCAUAUGAACGAGUACCAUAAGUCUCAGUAUUUCUGCAAUGGAGACGGAUGCGAAUGGUGUGAGAGGCCUUUUUGGGAAAGGGAAGAUUUUGACCAGCACUGGGAAACAAUUCAUAAGCAGGUCACAUGUGACUACUGUGAAAAACACAGAAAGAACAAAAAUAGCCUGGUGAAGCAUAUGCAAGAAUCCCACACCAAACGAGUCAAAAACGCCAUUCCACAAUGCAAGCAGUGCUUAAAGAUAUAUUCCUCGCACGAUGCUUUGCGGAACCACAUAUUGUUCAUACACGACAAGUUUGAGGAGCCAGUAGAGCAGCGGUACUGUGUCGAGUGUGAUAUAACAUUUAAGAGGGUUGUCAUUUUUAACAAGCACUUCGCUGAAAGACAUUCGGGCGUGCCUAAACCUAAGUAUCCGUGCGAAUAUUGCGGGAAAGUGAUGGCCAACAAAAAUACCUACCAAAACCAUGUAAGCCUCUUACAUAAAGGCAAGACCGACUACUGCUGUCACAUCUGCGGAAAGUAUUUGUCGAAGGCGCAAGCGCUAAAAUAUCAUUUGGAUAUGCACAACAAUGUAAAACCUCCAAAGACCAAAAAAUGCAACAUCUGCGGACGCUUGUUUGUGAACAAUAGAAUUCUACGUUUCCAUAUGUACACACACACGGGCGAGCGUCCGUAUCAAUGUCCACACUGCGAAACAGCUUUCUCGCAGCCUCACUGCCUUCGCACGCAUUUGCUCAAGCAGCAUCGCGUUGACGCGAGGGUGAAGUCGGACGGGACGAUCAUUGAAAUAACUGGUACGGAAAAAUAAAUUACUGACGAUAAAUUCGUUAUUAAAAACAUUUAUUGCCGACUAAAAUUGCUGUAGGGAAAUAUUGCGAGCAAAAAAUAUACUACAGAGUAAUAAAACGAAAGUGAAAAAAUGCGUUUGUGAACAAAUGCGAUCAUGAAAGUCGCUACCGAGAAAUAGUAAGACAGGGAAAUUUAAAAAGUGGGAAAAUUUGCGACAAUGAAUAACGGCGAAAAGAAAAUUAGCUGCAAGGAAUAACUGCGUUUGGGAAACUCAUCUAACAAAUCGGGGGACGUGCGCUUGCUGUUUACAUUCGCGUUCGGCUUUAUACAGUGCCGCUUGUGUUUAAAAUAGAUUAGCUUGACGAGCUUACGAGCUGUGGCCGAGACGAGUUUGUAUACAUUUGCUCGAGGAGCUUACGAGCUGUAGCAGACUCGAGACAAGCCGCGAGCCGAACCACGAGCCCCGAAUGUAAAUCCGCAGUUAUGGUAGGAUAAGGAUGAUUUACAAGGUUUAAUUAUAUUGAUAAAAGGGAAGUGAUAACUGUAAUAAGUGUGUUAAUAAAUGCAUAUUUUCUAA